CUAAAAGAGUGUCAGAUAUGAGCCAGCCACCAGCUCGGGCACGUCUACUCUGAAAUAACUUCAAACGCAGGCAGGUGGUUUAAUGAAGGUUAAUGACGGAGCCUUUCACAAUAUUUAGUUUCCUGCAGGAAUAUUUCUCGGAACCCAGACAAAGGAAUUGAUAGAGUUGGAGCUCCUUUUUUUUUGCCAUUCUUCAUUGCAGCAUAUGUUAUGGAAGGAGGAGCCUUGAACUGAAGGAGACCAAACCAGGCAGCUGGAUUGAACAAAAACCUUGGAGUGAAUCUUGUCUUCUCACCUUGUUGAAAUGCCUUGACCGUGCCCCUGCCGUACCAUGGCAGGUUUAGUCUCCUCUGUGGGUUUGGUGGUGUUGCUCAAGGCUCUCAUGCAUGCCCAUGGCCAGCGUGCAGUGUUCCUGGGGAUAAUGGUGUUGGUAACAGUAAUUGCAGCUGACUCACCUGUUGCAGAUGAGUCUCUCUUGGACUCCACACAACAACCUAUGGGAUUUCUUGGACAUGUUCCAAGUUCAACAGGGUUCCAACCAUUGGCAUUACCCGCCUCACAUCACACUGCCUUUGAGAGCCCAGGCUCACCUGGUACACUGCCACCCAUUUCUGAACCAAACCAUGAAGUUAGAACUGGUGGAGUGUCACGUUUUCAGUGGGGACGUAUUGCUUCUGAGAAAUCCUUCACAGCAAGUGACCUCAUUGCAAAGGAACCACACCCUCUUUCCAGUCCCUCAUUAAGCCCCUCUGAACCCGUAUUAGGGUCUAGUCCGAAAUUUGAAUCACCAGCUAAACUCUCUUCGGACAGGAAGCUGGCCAGCACAAAGUCGGCCAAACAAUCCUCCUCUCUCGCUCAGCCUCAGUCGAAUAUAUCCACAGCGUCAUUAAGCCCCUCUGCUCUCACGAGGUCGACACCACCUCAGCUCGGUCUUAAUUCCAAGCAGAAAGAAACCUUCAGCAAGCAGCAAGAUGGUCCAUCAGAGCAAACACUGGAAAUCAUGACCUCAUUUCCUGCUCAGCCUCUCGAGCCCCUUAAAAUUGCCUUCCCUGACUUUGUGGCAGACGAUAGUAAAAUACUGGAUGUGAACCAGCUGAGCCCCAGUAGUUCCCCCUUAGAGGAUAGCGGACCGACACGUGACAUUAACACGCUACCCAACCCAGAUCAGGUUCUGGCCCCCGGCUACAAUGUGCCUUUCAUCGCCCCACACCUUGCGUCUCCUUCAUCUGAACCCACUGACAUCUCUCCGGAGGAAUUCUACCCCACCAACACCAUGGACUUCGACUGGGGGUCUGGGGACUACUUGGAGACGAUGUCAUACCUAAACGCAGAUGGGGAGGACUACGCUCUGGUCACCAAGGUGCCCGCUGACUCGUAUGAUCUAGAGGACUACACAGAAAGCUAUGACACAUCGUUUCCUUCAAGAGUCGGCAUAUUUCCUUCGUCCUUGAAUCCUCUUCACGUCUCACCAUCGUCCAGCUUCACGACAGCGUACCAUACCAUUGUCCCAUUUAAAUCCAUACAUCCUUCUUCUUCGUCCUCUACAAUUCAAGACACACUGGACCCUACUCCUUCCGCAAACAGCGAUAUACCCGACGCAUCAAACGUAGAUUGGGGCGAUACUUUCACGAUUCAACCGACAGAUGUCCUGUUGCCCGACAUGAACAGCUUGGAGUAUUACACCACUCAGUUGACCAAGGAGAACAGUUCAGACGCGGGAGAUGAACACAAAGGGAACGUUACCGUGGUUUCCAUCAGCCCUACCGAACUCACACCCACAAGCAGCAUCACCAAUGAUACCAAAUUAACUGAGGAUGAGUUCUCUGGUGAUCUGUCAGGAUUUGAGCCUCAAAAUGACUCAACCCCAGCACCAACCACAGAGCAGAGUCCUCAGCUGGUCAAUGCCUCUGAGCCGUUUCUAGAUCCUUCCAUAACCCCAAGCCACUACUUUGAUCCCUCUUUGGUCUGGGGUGGCGAGUCUACCACCGUUUGGCCUGCACAAUCUCCAACUGUUGGCCUAACAGAAUCCAUGUUACCGAGUACAACGCCUCUGCUGACAGAUGAUGUAAUGUCUCCCUCCUCUCUGACAGAUGUCCAUUGGUUUGUUACAGAGCCGUACCCAUCAGAAACCAUUAACACCAGUUUUGUCUUAACUGCAACUAUAGCCUUCUCCCCUGUUCCCACUGACCCUGCUGCCAACACUACAGAGGGUACAACAGAAUUAACUCCCCAAGACUCUCCUUUUACAACCGAACAAACUCUCAACAUCACGUUAGAGUCAACUGAACCCACACCCAAUGUCACUUUCGUCCCUCCAGUCCUGUUGGGGGAUCAGGGGGUGACUGAAAAUGGAGUUGACAUCACAGCCACAAUGACCUUGAUCCCAACUAGCAGUGAAGCUAAUACAGUCUCUGCUGCACCCACGACCCCAACUGCCACCAUUACUUCCCAUCAAGCCUCGACUGGAGAUCCUGCCACCACAGAAGCCUCAACCAGUGUCAACAUCCCUUCUAUCACCACAAAGGCCCCAACUACAACACCAACAUCUCGACAGUAUCUCUGCAACCUUGAGAGGCCUGCUUAUUUAGUUAAAAUUGGUUUCCCUUUCGGGGCCACAGUUGGAUAUGCCAAAUCUCAAGUGAGAGACAUACUGAAAGGGGAAUUCAACAAGUCUGUAGAGCUGCAGGUUGUGGACCCCCCACCAAAGUUUGUGUUUCGGGUGGUUUCUGGUCCUGUUGUGUACACAGCCAUAUCUGUCAUCAACGCUCUGCGAAGGUCUGGGCGCCGCUUCCUGUCUGUGUCUCCCAACUGGGCGACACCAGACAGUAAAUACCAAGUCCACACAGUGCUGCAGUUUGUUCCUGCUCCCAUAGAUGUGCGCUACUGCAACUUCAGCGAAAGCAUUGAGAAAGGCUUGACCAUGGCCUUUGCAGAAAUGCGGCGGCGCUCAAAGGAGUCAACCAACUUCACAGUGCACAUCAUAAAUAUCACCAUGGCAGCUCAGAAAAAUCAGGAACAGCGGCUAGUGAGGCAGCCGGUGGACAUAACUUUCACUGUGCGCGUCUCCAGGGGUUACCUGAUGGGGUCAGAGGUCAGCAAUGCCCUGAUGAAGCUCACAAUGGUGGAAUUCAGCUAUUACAUGGGCUUUCCUGUACUGCAGAUUGCUGAGCCUUUCCAUUAUCCAGAGUUGAACACCAGCCACUUGCUUCGCUCCACCUGGGUUAGAACAGUGCUCAUUGGUGUACUGGACCAGAAAGUGAGUGAGAGGACCUUCCAAGCCAACAUGGAGCGCCGGGUGGCCAUGCUCCUCGGAGAGGCAACGGGAUUAAUCAGACGCGUUAAGAGAGCCACCCUUAUAGGCAACAGCAGUGUCCAGGUUGUUAGUGCGAGCCGGCUGGUGGGUGCGGACCAUCCCUUGGAGAUAGUGUACUUUGUGGAGGGUCCCAGUGGUGAGAGGAUGCCUGCAGAUCAAACAGCGGCCCUGCUCAACAGCCUGGACGUUCAAAGGGCCGCCAUCGUCUUGGGAUAUCGCGUCCAGGGCAUUUUGGCACAGCCCAUGGAGAAGGUGGCGUCCUCCCCCUCCGACGCUGAGAACACCAACACGUGGAUCGUCAUUGGCGUGGUGAUUCCCCUCCUCGUGGUCAUCGUCAUCAUUUCCAUCCUGUACUGGAAACUGUGUCGCACAGACAAGCUGGAGUUCCAGCCAGACGCCAUGACCUCCAUCCAGCAGAGGCAGAAGUUGCAGGCUCCCAGUGUGAAAGGCUUCGACUUUGCCAAGCUGCACCUUGGCCAGCAGAGUAAGGAUGAUGUCAUGGUGAUCCAGGAGGCGGUCCAGCCAGGGCCCGGCCCCGGACCCCUCCCCUUAUGCUUUAAAGAUGGCUUCAGUCCGUCUGAAAAUGGGGAGAUCCCCACACCUUUAUCCAAAGCCUCCACCAAGGCGUCACGCAGCAGCAGAAGGCGAGAUAGGAUCUCUCCUUCUGACGGGGACUCGGUGGUAAGUGACCACUCCAGUGAGCGUGAAUCGACAGAGGAGAACCUGAGAGCGCACGCCACGCCCAGCGACAGAAAGCAGACGCAUAAGCUCCCCAUCAAUGUUUUAAAUGGUCCUCCUCCUAUGAAUGGCACAAACGAGCAGCUGUCCUCGGCCGCCAUCUUUGAACACGUCGAUCGGAUGUCUCGCACAGCAGAUGCAAGCAGAAGACUCCCCAACAAAAUCCAGCUCAUCGCCAUGCAGCCCAUGGCCCUCCCCCCACUGCGCAGCCCCCCCAUCAACGGCAAACUGUCCGACCCAAACCAAAUCAACAAAGAGAUCCAGGUGGCACUGAGGCAAAAGUCCGAAAUUGAGCACCAUCGUAACAAGAUCCGUCUGCGUGCCAAGAGGAAGGGCCACUAUGACUUCCCUACCAUGGAUGAAUCCACGAAUGGCCACGGAGAUGCUAAGGACCAGGAUCGCAUCUAUCAGAAAGCUCAGACCCAGAUCGAUAAGAUCCUGGACCCUGAUGCCCAGACGCCCUCCUUCUUCAUGGACUCAAAGAGAAGUGGUCGAGGGAGGCGCUCGCCCAAACAGAGGAUGAAGGAGCAGCUGAUCGGAGGCAUGAUGGAGGCAGACAAAGACCACCUCAUCUCUGAAGACAAUGAUGCUGUGUACAGGAAGUGUCCUGGAGUCAACAAUGUGGCCUACAUAUCGGACCCUGACCAAGGCCCAGGCUCCCCUCACAGCAGCUCCUCCCCCACCGAUGACGUGUUCCUCGGCCCUGUUUGCUCUCCACCGGGACAUGCCCCUCCCCCGCCCCCCUACAUGCCUCCACAGCCCUCCAUCGAGGAGGCGCGGCAGCAGAUGCACUCCCUGCUGGACGAUGCCUUCGCCCUGGUGUCGCCCACCUCUCAGGGCAGCACGGCAGGCAUCACUCUGCCCGGAGUCAACAGCAACCCCCCCCUCUCCAGCCCCCCAGGCAGGGGCCCCAGACCGUGGGGUCCGUCCUACCAAGCUCAUGGCCCUUUCCCUGGUAGGUUCACUGAUCUGUCCCCUCCUCCAAUCCAAGGCCUGAUAUCCAGGCAGGGUCUUGGCUCCAGCUACCUGCCACCAGGAGACACAGCAGGGCAGUGUGAGCCGCCCCCCCCCGACAGCCUGUACUCCAGCAGGGGCCUCUACGCCGCCGAGCUGCCCUCAUCUGCCAGACCCCGACCAGUGGGGGGGGGGUCCACAGGUACAGGCGCCCAGCUCCAUCAUCUCACACAGGUGGGAUUGUCCAGUCGGAUGAAUGGUUACCCAGCGGGGGUCAGGCCCGCUCCAGGGCAGAACGGAGGCCUCGGCUGGAACCAUUACCAUGGCGACAAUUACUCCAGGGCAGAGCCUGAGAAAGAUUCAUUCCUGGACUGUCCUGACUACACGUCCUGCUCUAUCUUCCAGACGCCCAGAGGUGUCAUCAGGGAGCCCUCGGCGCCCCCUGCCCACCUGGACAUCUCGGGGACGGGCUACCUGUCAGCGCCCCUGAAUACGUCUCCUCCUAACCACUCCUCCGCCUCCCUGAUCAAGGCCAUCAGGGAGGAGCUGCUGCGCCUCUCCCAGAAGCAGGCCGCCGCGCCCAGCUACCAGAGCUGAGCCUCCCGUCUGCAGCUCCACCAGUCACGCCACUGACCCCCCCCGCCCCCGCCCCCGCCUGCUCCGCCUCACCUGACAAUACUUCCCAUGGAAGUUCCCGAGGGUGUACAGCAGAGAGAUAGUCCUGCUAAACUGAAGUAGGGAUUUCUCACUGAAGAACUGAAUGACAGGAUUGUUGACACGGCUCCUAAAGAAAUAGGACUACACAAUCAGAUAAACAGCAGUAUGUCAAAUCAGAGACAGUGUUAUGAAGUGAACAAUAUGCUGGAACUUUCAAAUGAGAUGGCGUGUGUGUCCUGCUCCUGAUCAUGUCGAAUCCUGGCCUCUGUGGAUCCACAUCCUGGACUUUGUUCAGAUGUUGCCUAAUUCCUUCUGACUCAGUAUUCUGUCACAGUUUCGUUCUCAUGCUGCCUUCACUAUACAGGAUAACCCUUAAGACAGUGGUUCCCAAACCUUUUUUCUAUCAUUGAGUAUUCUGACGACCCCUGACUAAGUGACAAUAGUAUUUUGGACAUUUCAAGUUAUAUUAAUCGCGCAUAAUAAUUACAGUAUGGAACAAUUGUACAAUUAGUUAAAAGUGAAAGCAAUAUCAGCAGGAAGUGAGUGUUGAACAAGUGUGAAUAUUGCCUCCGAGAUGAGCUUUCCUGCUGGUUUUAGGAACGUUUAAUACAAUUCUCUGUAUUAUGUAUUUCUUGGAAUCAUGCAUACUUGGUUAGCUUCCUUUUUUUGGACAAAUUCAGUAUUUUCUUAGUCCCUGGUUGUUUUAACUGCCUAGUUUAUUCAUUAAUUACGCUGUUUAGCAGAGGAAGAGGAAAGGCACAUCUAACAAUAACAAUUUGAUUUAUUUUUGGCACAGAAAUGAAUGAAAAGCAGAGAUACAGGCCAACUGUAGUUGAAUUUAAAGUUGCUUUGUUAAGCUUUGGCGACCCCUAGUGGGGGACCCAUGCACAAAGACACAGUGUCAUUUGAAGGAUUUCUUUCUUUUCUUAACCUACCAUACAGGUAUUUUGUUGUUUACCAAAUCCAGGUCCUUAACCUCUUUAUCACCAUCGUGUACUACUUCCUGAUUUCUGCCACAAUGAGCCAUUCUAUGCCUUGACACUGUGAUGUAGUUCAACGACUGUAUGAUCUACAGUAGGGUCAGAGAUCACAGCCAGUUCAGGCAGGGCGCCUAUAGAGACUAAUGACACUCAGUAACACUAUGUCGUUUUUACAUACUUACUACAGUAGCACGAUAGCAGUAGAGUUAGUCUGAGGUGAUCUUUUUGGACUUACAGUACAUAACUAGUUUGUUGUGAACAGCUUUCAAUCAUGUUCCUUGCUUUUAUUUAUACUUAACAGCUACACAAACAUGGAAAGAAAUGGCGUUGAAUUUGGAGCUACAGGCACACGUGUAACACAUCAUGAAUAUAGACUUUCAGUAUGUAUCGACUGUUAGGGUGUAAUGAUGUAUUUGGUUGUCGUUGGAUGCACUGUAUGCAGACUACUGGGUACAGCUCAGGUUGUUCAAAUUGAGAUUUGCUUGCAGACAAAUCAGCGACGGGACACUUUGAAGAGUCACAUUGAAGAACUGUUAAUGAGGGACUUUCACAGAGACUUGUGGUGUGUUUUUACAUGAACCUGUAUUUACUAUUUACUGAACCACAUCUCUGGUUCAUGCAGUAUUUAACGUUUGCCUUUUUGUUAGCACAGGAAGCAGACGAGUACUGUAUUUUGUUUUCAUGUAUGGUUUACCCCAACCAGUCCUGUUUGUGUGCUUUUCACAUUUCUUUGGAUUCUUUGAUCUUGCCUCAUGCCAUUUUGUUCACCUCAAUGUCUCUUAGUCAUCGUACUGGUUGGAAAUAAUUACAUUUUUUUUUUUUACAAAACCCUCCCCUGACAUUUUGUGAUGUUUUGGGGCUUGAAGUGAUAUUUUAUUUAAAUAAAAUGAUGGAAAUGAUGGAUUUUAAAAGCAGGGCUUUAGAUUUAUUUUUUCAAAGUGUGUACCAUAUUUUGUGCUCGAUUACAAUUCUUCUGGCAUGACUUGAAAUACUCUACAGUUUUCUACUUUCCACCCUUUUUUGUUUGAAAUGUGAUGUGCCUUUUGGACUCACCUUAACAGAAUAAGUACAUCAUUUAUUUCCCUAGAUACUUUCCAAGGUCUUGUGAUUACCAGCCUUGAUUACAUUUGAUUUUAAAUACAUUAAGAUAACAUUUCAUCCAGUUAAUGCUGCAUUUUCCGUGCAUGGAGUUUCCUCUGAUAUGCAGGGAGAUGGACAGUUUUUCAUUUCACCUCUUCUGUUUGACGUCACCAACCUCACACUGUAUGCCUCAACCUGCUGGUUCUGUACUGUAACAACAGCUCCUCCACUUGUUCACCUUCAGUUCUUUUUUUAUAACUAUUAUUUUUGUUGGUGUUGUUGUUUUUUCAUCUAUUUCUACAUUGUGUAUAUUGUGAGUGGUAUCUGUUGGCUGGCCCAACUUCACGUCUGAUUGAUGUUGCAUGCUUAUUAUUGUAUUUCUUUGGUUUGUUUUGCCGCAUGCUGUUCCAAAAUGUCUUGAAAUACAAAAGAAACUUGUCACCUGACAUGUCCUCUGAUUUUAAGUACUCUACUACAAGUCGAUUUAAUGUUGAUUUAUAUUUGUUAU